CUGCCAUUUUGACGUGUGAACAGUGUUAAUAUUGUCAACAUGUUUGCAAACUCAUUUCAGAGUGGAUUUUUAUCAAUAUUUUACAGUGUGGGUUCUUCCCCGCUUGGAAUCUGGGAUAAAUCAGUGAAAAAUGGUCACAUUCGGCGUAUUGUCGAUGAAGAAGUAAAGUCCCUGGUGCUGGAAAUUGCCGGUACAAAUGUCGCAACAACUUACAUUACGUGCCCGAUUAAACCACGCGCGUCUCUGGGCAUCAAGCUGCCAUUCCUCGUCAUGGUCGUGAAGAACAUGAAGAAGUAUUUCACGUUCGAAAUCCAAAUCGUGGACGACAAAGACAUGCGACGCCGCUUUCGGGUCUCCAAUUUCCAAUCGACAACGAAGGUGCGACCUUUCUGCACGACAAUGCCAAUCGGAUUGAGUUCCGGAUGGAAUCAGAUUCAGUUCAAUCUGGCGGACUUUACGCGUCGUGCUUAUGGGACUGUGUAUAUGGAGACUAUUCGUGUACAGGUGCACGCGAAUGUGCGAAUUCGUAGAAUUUAUUUCUCUGAUCGAUUGUACGCGGAAGAAGAAUUGCCGUCGGAGUAUAAGUUGUUUAUGCCUUUGCAGAAGUCCCAGGAGAAGAGUAAAGGUAAACCGAAAGACAGAGCUAGUAAGGAUUCAAAGGAUGCGAAGGAUCAGAAGAAGUCGGUUACUGGUUCAGCUCAAAUGAUUCCAAAGGUUCUUGAAGAACCUUCCGGGGCACCUCCUACGCCAGCGGAACCUGCUGAUGUUGAGGAUGGUGUAGAAGAAAAGGAAUUGAGGGCUUCUUCUGUUGCACCAGUUGUUGGUGACCUUCCCACUGUUGAAGAAAUUGAAGGAGAUGAGGUGGAAGCAGCAGCUGAGAUGUUGUCUGCUACUGCUGUUCCGGUAGAGGGUGAGAAUGCGGAAGGAGAGAAACCGGCUGAGGAGGUUGAAGGUGGUGAGUUACCAGAAGUAGCUGAAGAAGAAAAUGUUGCUGAGCCAGGAGCUGAAGAUGAAGCUCCAACAGCAGGUGAUGUACCACCUCCAGCUGAAGAAGAUGCUGAAGCUGCAGAGGAAGGAGAAAUUGCACAGGCGGCUGAGGAAGGUGGCGAAUAGAUUUCACUAUUUUUUAUAUAUACUAAAUGAAUAAAUAUUUACCAAAUGUGUAA